UUAUUUAGUUUGUGCUCUGAAAAGCUGCUUGCUGGAUUGUAACACACACUCACUCUAGAGGAAGUGGGAUGGUAUGAGUCUCAACAUCCUCUCUCAGUGCUGAUAGUCACUGCGGUUAUCUGCUUGUGAGUCUUUGCUAGUGAGGGGCUCCCUGUAAUAUGUUAAAAGUUUACACAAAUAGUUUAUAAAUUUAAAAUGUGGAUCUACUCUCCUGUGUCACAAAUGGAUGACUCAAUUAGGGUUCCUAGGAAAAAGCAAGAGAGACCAUCACAAAUGUCCAACAAUACAAAGAAAAAACAAGAGGAAAAACAUCUCAAGAUCUUGAGGGAUUUCUUGUCCCUCUCUCCCAACAAAACAUGUUUUGAUUGUAACCAAAGAGGCCCUACCUAUGUUAACACUACUAUUGGUUCAUUUGUUUGUAUAUCAUGCUCAGGAAAGCUGAGAGGCUUAACUCCGCCUCAUCGUGUCAAAUCGAUUUCGAUGGCGUCUUUCACACCAGAGGAAAUAGAAUUCCUCAAGAGUCGUGGCAACGAAUAUUGUAGACUUGUUUGGAUGGCGCAUUAUAAUACGGCAGAGCUUUCAUCUGAGACCAAAGACGACCAAAAAUUCAAAGAUCAUUUAAUGGCCAAAUACGAAAAGAAAAGAUGGUAUGCCGAUCCUAGCACACUCGCCGACAGAUUACCAGUAGCAAAACUGAAUGGAAUGAAUGGCGAAACGUCUCAACCUACUACUACUACUCAUUCUUCUGUCACAUCUUCUCCAGUGGCACGUCCUGUAGUUUCUGCGAUUACAUCGGUUCCAUUGUCGUCAGUCCCAAUAUCGAAAACUUCAGAUUUGCUUGCCGAUUUAGAUUUCUUUAUUCCGGCAACUGGCUCUGCAAGUUCGGCUUUCUCCUCGCCUCGGAAAAAUCUUUCAUCUCUUCCUCAGUCCAUCAGUCAGCCAUCAUUUGCCAAUUUCCAGAAUGCCGAUUUCUUUUUCUCGGAAACUUCGCCACAGAAAACGAUUGCUGUGCCGGCUGUUACGCAUCAGGUCCAAACCGGAGCGGUCAAUGGCAUAACGAGUCCACCGAAAGUUGGGGCAUUGAACGUCAACGUAGCUCCUGCAGAGGACCGCUAUUCUGCCUUAAAAGACCUCGACGCUAUGUUCACGACACAAGCAACGCCAGCAGUAAGCGAACCAACCGUUUUGGCGGCCUCGCCUAAUUGGAAUCCUUCUUGGAAUGCCGGAACCGCUCAAGCCGCCGCUCCGCCUACCCAUUGCGAGCCUGUGUUUUCCAACAAUGCGGUGGAAGCGCCUGGUGCGUGGUCUUCUUCUUUCACGUCUUCAACCAGCAACCCGAAUAACCCUUUUCUCGCCGUCGCGUCGGUGCCUACUCAACCAGGUACACAACCCGUCCAUUACGGCAUGCCAGCACUUCCGUGGGCCAAUUUUUCUUCAUCGCCUCUGUCGAGCUCGACGAACGUGACCUCCGGGACGAACAUCUUUCCAGCUCCUACGGCCACCGCCGGUGCCAACAGUCACUUUGGUUUCGGUUUCGGUGGUCAUCCGAAUCCUAUGGUGGGCGUUGCAACGACUCUCUCCACUAGCCAGUCAUUGGAUUUGUCACCCAAGAUGUGGGGAACAACGACAGGAAUGAACCCUUUCAUGGACACGGCCAGUUUUACGCAGGGACGGUCCCACAACCCGUUUUUAUAGCCAUAUCAUUAGUGUCUGAAAAAAGAAAAUGAAAAGAAUUCGUCGGCGGAGAAAAUGCCAUUACCGAAAUUUUCUGUGGGUCGAGGAUACUCCUUACCCCAUUUUUUCUAUUUCUUCCUCAACUUUCUGCUAGAAAACUAAAAACAUUUCCCCCCCGUAAAGUAAGGAAGCAAAAUCAUGGGGGAAACAAAAAAACAAACGCGGCGAAUGUUUAUCUCCCCCCUUUAUUUAUUGGAGGAAGACAUGGCAACCUUGCUUGUGAUAGGUUAUUCCGGCCUCUUUACUAUUGUUAUUAUUAAUAUAAAUUUUCUUCCUCCUUCCCCUUCCUCCUGAUAUGUCCUCCCUUUCUUUUGUGUGUGCAACAAAGUUAAGGGACAGGAUUGAAAAUCAAUACUUUGAUGGAGCAUCUUCUAUUCUCUCUUUUAAGCAACACGCAGCAGAGAGCAACGAAGCUCAACCCGGCUGCUUUUUGCCUCAUGUCAUUGGAACAAAUAAAUCAAGAGAUUUUUCUUUAGAAACAAUCAAAGAAGCAUAUCGGUGGGCAAUUGUCAGGGCUUCGGCGGUACCAUUGUAUGCCAAUAUGUUUGUCCCGUUUAGCGCGCAUAUAUUUGAAUAUAUUCCGUGUGCUGUACGGCGAUGUUGGUCAAUGUCCUUCUUUAUUGAAUUCUUUUUCUCGUCUCUUCUUUUUCUUUAAUAAUGUUUGCGUGUAUUUGUAUCGUAUAUACGGCUUUGGAAUCUAGUCGGCUUGAAAAAUGUUUUCAACUCGAGAGUCUCGAUCGUUUGAAAUGUGAGAAUUGAAUUUGAAAUUCACCAGUCCGUUGCUACUUAAUGUGUAACUAUCGGAUGUUCUUUUUUUUUUUUUGUGGCUGGCUCUAUUAUUUUUAUUGUUUGUCGCUUCUUGUUUCCAUGAUAUCACGCUCGGGUGACUGGUAAAGAAUUAUUCAAGAGAAAAAAAGGGAAAAAUAAUUAAAACAUCGUCGAACUAAAAAAAAGAAACUAAACGAAAGCGUGAGAAUCGAUGCUCGCCAGCAAAAUUCCUGUGCUCCUUUUUUAUCUGACUCUCGCAAACAUGAUUUUGUUCUCUUCUCAGCACGUCCAUUAUGUGCAGCCCGAGUGCCUUACAUUUACACGCAACUACCGGAUGGGCCAUAAAAUUGGUUGCAGAAAGAAGAAGGGAGAAAGAAAAAAAAAACGAAUGUCCAUAGAAGUAGCACUGUUUGCGUUUAUCCGUUUCUUUCCUCUCCUGGCUGUUCCUUUUCUUUUCUUCGCAACAGAAAACAUGUCUUACUUUUUCCUCUUUCUCCCAGUCUCAUCUCACAUCGCCACAUGGGGUUGACACAGACACAAUGUUUUGUUUUUUUAUGAUAUAUUUUUUUACUUUUAAACAACUAGUAAACAUCUUCCGUGUUGUUGUUGUUGUCUCUCGUCAUCUCUGCUUUUCUUUCUCCGGCUCUUCCCACGUACUUGUUUCUUUUUCUUUUGGUUUGGUGUGCAAUACAUCUCCAAACACCG